AAGGCAGAAGAACUCGGUUCUUGAUUUGUUGAAAACAUGUGAUGACAGCAUCGGUUAAUGCUUACUAAGAAGGCUUUACGCAUAUAGUUUGGGAGGAUGCUCCCAGGCUUUCAUUCGUCUAUCUUUCCUUUUGAUCUUGGAAGGCGAUUUCUGCCUGUGUUCUCUUCAGCACCGUAGACAUUAAAAAAAAAAAAAAAAUCGGCAGCGUACACACAUGAAAUGCCUGAUUUGUUUUGAUGCUCCCGCCCGUCCUUGCUCAGGAAAAUAGUUACAGUAUGAUGAUAACGGAGAGACGCAGGAUUUCAGUGUAGCAGCAUGUGUCCCCCUCACGAAACAAAAGCUGCAAAUGCAUCUGCUGUGGCUGGUGCACAAGAGGAAUCGAGGAGCCCUUCACGUUGGCUUGCUUCACCUACUGCUGUGCUUGAGAGUAACCCCAAGAAACCAGUCGGGAUCCUUGUCUCCUUUUUUCCUUAGGGGCGAAACGGUUCGGCGCUUCAGCGUGAGAAGAGCCUUAUCCAAGCCGUUUCAGCAGGUGAGCAGCCUGCGACCCUCUUCCUAAGCUUCAGCUUUGCUGGUGCUAAAAAAUAGCAAGGCCAAACAUAACGGGUUGAUCUGCAGAAAGUCCUGAGGUCUUUUAAUGCAGGAUCAACACUAUCAAUUUUACAGAGGGAUGAUAUCUGAAAUAAAGGAACGUUCGAGAUCGGUUAUGGCAGUCCGGCUAUAAGGGAUGCCCAUCCCGAGCUGGGAGGGCUUUUUAUCGAAUAACGUAAUCAGAGACCGUAUUCAACAUCACACAGACGUAAUACAGUUUUGACUUAUUAUCACCUAAGGAUGCUAUGGGAAAGAAGGAGCCAUGUCAGAAAACGCUGUCAGUGAGACAUGCUUUUCUUUGAAGAAAGCAGCUUUAAGAGUAUUUGAUCUUCCCCUUUCCUGGUAUUAUUCCCUAAUUCAGGUUAAAAUCCCACCAGGUUUGAAGAAGCUAUUUGCUGUAACAGCAGUGAGUGCAAUAUCUGUGCUUUUUCUUGCUCAUCAUUUCAAAAGAAAACGUGGGAAGAAAACUGGGAAAGUAUCUCCAUGGGAACCAGGCCACCUGGUGUUGGACUAUAUGAAAACUUCUGCAUCUGAGAAAGGUUCCAGUUGUUCCAGCAGCAGACAAAACCUAACGCUUUCGUUGAGCUCAGCCAAAGAAAAAGAAAAAUACUAUAUUAAUGCAAAUGGAGGUCUCUUCAGUAAAUGUUCAGGUUCAGUGCAGAGUUUGGCCUCAGUCCAAAGUGCCACAUCCUGUCCCAGCUGCGUCUGUGUCAAUUCUAGUGCUUGGGACAAAGCAGAUGAAGAUGAUGUGAAGCUAGUCAAUAUUCCAGUAACUACCCCAGAAAAUUUGUAUUUGAUGGGAAUGGAACUAUUUGAAGAGGCACUUGGGAGAUGGGAGCAGGCAUUGAUCUUUCGUAACAGACACGUUGAAGAUGAAGCCAGCUGUGGCGCCAUCAAACUUGGAGCUGGUGAUGCUAUUGCAGAAGAAAGUAUAGAAGAUAUUAUUAGUGCUGAAUUCAUUCAUAAGCUUGAGUCUUUGCUCCAAAGAGCUUAUCGUCUUCAGGAGGAGUUUGAGGUAUCCCUUGGUGCAUCUGAUGCAACUUCCUUUGCAAACAAUAUUGAUAAAAGUACAGAUAGCACAUUGAAGGAUAAUGCAGAUGAAUUUAAUCUGCGGGAUACAUUAAGCAUUGGAUCAACAGAUUCAUUUGCUUCUGCUGCUGAGCUUACAGAACACAAAGAAAGCCGAAAUCCUUACAACCUGGAUUCACUUUGCCAUUGCCCGCUAUAUGAAGAGGCUAUGCACUUGGCAGAAGAGGGAAAGAUAUAUUCACGAGUCUUACGAACUGAAACACUGGAAUGUUUGGGCGACAGCGAUUUUCUUGCUAAGCUUCACUGUAUCCGACAAGGUUUUCAGGUAAUCCUUUCAGACACUACAAAUCGAAUAUUUCUUGUUGAAAGUGGCAGGAAAAUUUUUUGUGCUUUAAUUGAGAGAGCAAGAAAGAAUCCAAAGAAAUUUGAGGAAGUAUUUGAUGAUAUGAUCUCUUUCUUAGAGCAAACUGAUCAUUGGACUAAUACUGAAAUGGAGCUUGCUGCUUGUGGAGUGAAUCAUCUAAAUUUCUAUGAUGUAGUUCUGGACUUCAUAUUAAUGGAUUCUUUUGAAGAUUUAGAGAAUCCACCCUUGUCUAUACAGAAUGUGGUUAACAACCACUGGUUGAAUUCCUCCUUCAAAGAAACUGCUGUGGCUUCAAGUUGCUGGUCAGUCCUAAAACAAAAAAAGGAACAAAUGAAGGUUCCUAAUGGCUUCUUUGCACAUUUCUAUGCUGUUUGUGAACACAUCAGUCCUGUUUUGGCAUGGGGAUUUCUAGGCCCUAGAAAUUCUCUGUAUAAAUUAUGCAGCUUUUUCAAGCAUCAGGUUCUUUAUUUCCUGAAAGACAUUUUUGACUUUGAAAAGGUACGAUAUUCAAGUACGGAUAGCCUAUCUGAAGACCUUAUGCAAUUGCUAAUUCAACAUACUGAUCUUCUUCUGGCCUACUUUGGUGCUAACUCACUAAGGCAUGUCAGCGGCUGUGUAAGUGGAUGUGGACACCGAACAGAUAGUGGUGUACUAGAAGCAAAAGUACAGUAGGGUUCUCUUUUGUUGUUCCUAACAUGAGCACAAUGUUUGCCUUUUUCUGCCUCAAGGAAAGCUGCCAUUGUUUUGACUUUUUUCUGAGCAAGUACCUGAAAAUUUGUAAUUUACAGUGAUAUGAAUUAUGGUCUCAGGGUGGUUUAAGAAUAUGGAAAUCAUUGCUUUACACACACUCACACACACACACAUGGCAACUCAACUGUCAUUGGAUUUAUGUGUACUAUAUGAUCUCUCCUUCCGGAAAGGUGCAGGCCCUAUUAAGAUGAUCUGCGCCCGGAGCUGGAUGGAUCCAGAUGGAUUCCUGAGGGCUCUGGGGGAUUUUCUGACUGAUAAAGCUGGUGCUCCUGUUGAUGUCCUGGUCAAUUCGUGGAAUAGGGAGAUGACCAGGGCAAUCGACAUGAUCACUCCUAAGCAUCCUCUCCCGCCUAGCAGAGCCAACUCGGCACCAUGGUAUACACAAGUUGCUGGCGAUGAAGUGGGCUGGGAGACAACUAGAACGCAGGUGGAGGACAUCACGGGAUGAAUCUGACUGAACACACUUAAAUGCUCACUAUCGAGCCUAUGCUGUGGAGGUGAGAGUGGCAAAGAGGCAGUUCUCUGCUUCCAUUGCUUCCUCACAGUGCUGUCCAGUGGAGCUUUUCCGAGUAGUGCGAGGGCUGACACACUCUGGCUAGGAAAACAAUGUGGUUUCAUCUUCGGCAGCCCGCUGUGGCGACUUUGCCCAGCACUUUAAGGAAAAAAUCGCUCAGAUUCUGCCCCCUUGAAGGAGGUGGUGAUCUGGCCUAUCCUGAAGAAGGCAUCUCUGGACCCAGAGGUGGCUGCCAACUUUAGACCGGUGGUCAACAUUCCAUUUCUGGGCAAGGUGUUAGAGUGGGUGAUGGCGGGACAACUCCAAGCACU